CGAAUAGAUACAAAUAUCUGACAUGCAAACAAAUGCGUGUUAGACUUUUGAGCGCAGAGGAUAGGGUUUUCUGAAGUGUGUACAUUUUUGUACUUCAUAUUGGGCGUAAAACAUGGCAUUGCAACAUUGGAACAGCACGUCAUCUUUAAUACCUACUGAAGACAACGAAAAUAAUGCAUCAGCUAUUCUCGACAGCAUUAGUAUAAAUAGCAUGAAGACUCCGGAAUCCUUUACAGACAGUAUACCCGAAAAAGAAAAUGAGCUCUCACAUAGAGUAGUUUUUACUCAAAAUAAUCCAGAUUCAGACUCUAAUGAUGAUUUUCAUGAGGAUGACAAUGAUGUGGAGACUGGAGAGGUUUUUGAAGAAAUUAGACAAAUAUACGGAGCAGAAUUAGGAGAAAACAUUUCUAGCUAUUCUAGACCUGUGUCAAAGGAAAUAGGAAUACACGAUAUUGAAGAAAUUAUUGAUCAUUUGCCUCAGACAACACGUGCAGGUAAACCUGUCAAGAGUUGUGCAAACUGUUACAAAUCAAGGAGAGUGGAAAACGUUUCUUGGUUCGAAAAAGGACAACAUAUAAGAUUCCAAGGAGAUCACCUGACUUUAAAUAUUGGGAGAAAACUGGUAAAAGUUUAUCAUCACCAUGCAAUUAUUAAACGUGUCAACAACAUCUUUAGGAAUUCGGUAGAACUUGUUCUGAUUCAUUUUUCAAAAGUAGAUAAAACGAUUAAAAUCAUUGAGGAAACAAACGCAUACAAUCUUAAAAAUGAUGAAAUACACAUAAUAGAAUACAUGCGUCCUAGAUACAGCCGAGAGGAAAUCAUUAGAAGAGCCGAAUCAAUGGUAACAAAACAACAAAAUACAGAAGAAAGCAAACAAUUUGAAUCAUAUAAUUUGGUUUCCUGCAAUUGUGAACAUUUCGCUUCUUGGUGUGUUUUGGGAGAAGGGGAAAGUUUUCAAGCGAAAGGCGCUUUAAAAUCUUGUGCCAGAAUUUUUAGCAGAAUUUCAGGUUCAGGUUGCAAAGUUAGGCGAUUCGUUAAGCAAUUUUUAUACAACGCAACAGACGAGAUUGCUGUAGGCUUUGAUAUUGGAAAACACCUUCCGAUUAUACUCAUCGGAUCAACUGCGGUAAUCUAUCUGAUUCAUACUGUUGCAAUGACAUUUUCAUAUUACAGAAAACAUUCACGAGGUAAACUAUGCAAGGCCUGUUUCAAAAGAGAAGUUGUGACUCUGUGGACCCAUUUUGGCGCAUAUUUCACUAUAUCUGGCCUAUCAUAUCUUCUGGUCCAUUUUGUUUCACCGAUACUUAACGGUUCUCCUUUUGGAAUGCCUUUGUUGCUCAUCUUGGUGUUCCUGUCUCUGUAUCUACAGUGGGGUAUCGGGAAAGUCGUAAAAGGGUUAAUGUCACCAUACGCUUGUGAUGAAAUCAAAGUCACCCACUUGUCACAAAUCACACCAGGUACCAUGAUAUCAUUCAAUUAUUUCAGAAUACCACAUUAUGCAAUAGUAACUGGAAAGCACGUUGGAAAUGAGGAGUCACAAAUAGGAAGAAUAACUUGUGUGCAUUAUGGCCUGAGAGGUUUCAAUGUGUUCGGCACACGAGAGGUUUUAGAAGAAUCAUUCGAAUUCAACGUGAAAGAAAAUACAAAAAAUGUUAAAAUGAUCGAAUGCCGACAAUUGAAGACAUUUCCUCCCGACGUUAUUGUUGAGCGCGUUAGAGCAAGAAUUGGUGAGAAAACAUGGUCCUUUUCCAACAGAUCAGAUCACCUAUGCUUUGAUACGAUAGUGCGAGAAGACAACUGCCCUUGUUUUGAAACGAAAGUACAAGAAGGCAGCAGUCAAGAAAAACAUGAAUCGCGACCAAAUGAAAUAGCUAAAUCAAAAUCGAAACACAAAAGUUCAUUUUACGUUGGAAAAAGGGAAAUACACCUCAGAAAUGAUCUUCAGACUGGACAUAUUGUGGAAUAUAAGGGACAAAGUGGCAUUGUCGUUCUUCUAGAAGAUAUAGAGAAAGGUGGGGAACAGAGUUUUAAAAUGGAACUGAUAGUUUACAAGAACUAUUGUGCCAUUUCCAAAACGUAUACAGUCAAUCUUAAAAAAGAACGGUUGUUUAUCAUAAAAUACCACCCUUCACACUGUUGCCCCAUGAACGAACGCGUUCAACGUGCGCGUGAAAGACAAGGUAUAGAAUGUAACUUCUGGCCAGCAAAUGGUUUUCUUGAAAGCUGCAUCCUGAAAAAGUUGUAAAAGAGACACCGAGUAACUUUUCAAGACUAUAAACCCUGAAAGUGUUUAAACUUACAACAAUAGGUAGUGUAUGUUGGUAAACCCUUUCGUAAAGGAACAUUUGUCAAAAUAAAAAUCCAUCUGUAUACUUCCACCAUUGUUUCAGUAUUUUCAACUAAUAAAUUACUUACCUUUUCUGCAAAAAAAUUGCGAAUGAUAAGUUCGAUCCAAGCGGUGUUAAAAAACGAGCACGUCCACUCUUCAUGGCCUUCGUCCGUCUAGGAAAACGAUGGGUGCGCACGUCUGUCUUGGUUGAACAGCGCCUUCGGUGACUGUGAAGGUCGAUUCUUAAUGGCACUCUUUUAAGCAGUCAGUGCAAACAAAUGCAGUGCCUGUGUUCUGUAGAUGCCUUUCUCCUUGUCCUUUUCGCUCUAUGGAUCUCUUUCCUAUCGUCUUCAGCGAUCUUUACACUUUCUUUGACUGCAGUACGGUCCUUUUCCAUGCGGCGUAUAUGUGCAAGCCAGCAAAACUGUCUCUCAGUGAGCAUAAAGGAGAUGGUAGUGGAUCUGGUUCUUGUGAGAAACUUAGUGUUUGUGAUAUUGUCCUUUCUUGAGAUAUGCAAGAUUCUCCGAAGGCAUCGCACAUGGAGCAUUUUAAGCCUGCUCUCUUGUUUGGCGUAGGUUGUCCGUACAGCAUGUUGAGGACACAAGCCUGAUAUACCUUCAGUUUUGUGCUCAAUGACAGAUUUUUGCUGCUCCAUACUCUUUUGGUCAGCUUGGAUAGUAAUGCCGCUGCUUUUCCGAUCCUUGUGUUUAUCUCAGGGUCGAGAGACAGAUUGCUGACGAUAGUUGAGCCUAAAUACUUGAAGUUUUCAACGACAGAGAGUUCGUAUCCGUUGAUUGUUAUUGAUGAAGAGAUCGCUGUGUCCUUUGCCAUAACCUCAGUUUUCUUUAUACUUAUUGUAAGUUCGAACACUUUGCAAGUGCUUGUGAGCCUGUCUAAAGGACCUCACGACCCCCACCCCCAAGCACUUAGUGUACACAUAACAAUUAAACUAACGUUACACUUGGUUUUCCAAUAUCUUAACUUUUACCUAAGUAACAUAUCUGAAAUCACACCUUUAGACCAAAGUCAGCAAAUGUAUAUUUGUGAAGCUAAAGUUGUUUGUAUGACCACAUAACAUUUCCAACAUUCUGGAAACAGCAUUGAUAUUCCUGCAUUACUGUGUUUUGAUGUAGAACUCAAGCUGGUAAAAUGUGUGUACAUUUUAUGAGAUUCAAGAGAUUUGUUUCCCGCCAUCCAUAUAUUAUAUUGUAUAAGUCGCAUUGAUGUAUUAACUUUUAUUUUUUCAAUGCUUAUUUUGUAGUGAAUCCGUAAUGACAUACGACAAUUUCCAUAUGAUUAUGUAUUACCGUAUCCGAAUUCAACAUUUUCCGCUUGUUGCGUUUAUGAACUAUAUGAGCAACCGAAGAAUGCUAGAAAUGGCAGUAUGAGAAUACAUAAUCGAACGUAGAUUGCCGGGUUACGUUCCAAGUCCUUUAUUAGAGAGUAAUACGAAUAUUUUUUCAAUCCUGAAAAGCUUUCUUUGGAACGUAAAUUGACGGAUUAAAGAGAGUUUGUGCGGAUAUGUACGAAAAUAUUCUGUAAAGAAUGAAGUUCUUGCUUUUGUUGUUUAGGAUCUAUAUCUGCAUGCUAUAAAAAUGUGUAUUUGUGAGAUUCCAGCUAUUUAGAUGAAGACAUGUUAUUUUCAUCUGAAAUGGUAUUGAUGCACUCAAUUUGACCCUUAGCCUAUUGGCGUCAAGUGAUUGAAAAGUUAAAUAAGUGAUGUUUGAUCCAGGAAUUAUGUAAAUAAAUAUUCUCUCCACCAUUA